CCUUUAUUAACUGAAUUGCUUAUAUACUGAAGCUCCGAAAGCCGAACAAUGGGCAGGGGCCGCGAAGUCUUUCUCACUCUCCACAGCAGCUGGAAUUUCUUCCAUUCCGUGCCUCUAGCGACAAAAUUACCAAAUCUUACCACUGAAAGCCACUGAAUUCCAUGGUUGCAGUUCAGUUCUCUGUGGUUGCCGGCAGAAUGUGAUCGGAGGGGUUGACAGAUCACAAGUUGUUCGCUUCACGGGGGUUCUGAUUUGUUUAAGGGGAUGGGAUGUUUCCCUUGCUUCGGUUCGGAGGAGGUAGUGACUUUUCAUCCCCGUGACGAGGGAGAUGUAAAGAAGGAAGAACGGCCUAUGGUAGCUCCCCGAAUAAAAACGUUGUCUUCUGGAUCUGAUAGGUUUAGGUCUCGAAGCAAUUUAGGGGCUAAAAAGGAGGCAUUGUCUCUUAAGGAUGGGUCUGGUGUGACUAUAUCAGCACAAACAUUUACAUUCAGGGAGCUUGCAGCUGCAACAAAGAAUUUUAGGCCUGCGUGCUUCUUGGGUGAAGGGGGGUUUGGUCGGGUUUAUAAAGGUCAUUUGGAGAGCACUGGACAGAUUGUAGCUGUAAAGCAACUGGACAAGGAUGGGCUACAAGGAAACAGAGAAUUCCUCGUGGAGGUCCUGAUGCUUAGUUUGUUACACCAUCCAAACCUUGUUAAUUUAAUUGGCUAUUGUGCUGAUGGAGAUCAACGGCUUCUUGUAUAUGAGUUUAUGCCACUAGGGUCUCUAGAAGAUCAUUUGCAUGAUCUCCAACCUGAUAAGGAGCCCCUGGAUUGGAAUACAAGAAUGAAAAUUGCAGCGGGUGCAGCAAAAGGAUUGGAGUACCUUCAUGAUAAAGCUAACCCUCCAGUCAUCUAUCGAGACUUCAAAUCUUCUAACAUAUUGCUGGAUGAGGGUUUUCAUCCAAAACUUUCUGAUUUUGGGCUUGCGAAGCUAGGUCCAGUUGGUGAUAAGUCUCAUGUUUCAACUAGGGUGAUGGGGACCUAUGGAUAUUGUGCUCCAGAGUAUGCUAUGACCGGGCAAUUGACGGUCAAAUCUGAUGUCUAUAGCUUUGGAGUUGUUUUAUUGGAGCUGAUUACUGGAAGAAAAUCCAUUGACAGCACCAGAGCACAUGGAGAACAAAAUCUUAUUCCUUGGGUCAUUCAUGUUAUCGGAAAUUUUAACAAAUUAAUGCAACCAAAGGCUCGACCGAUUUUCAAUGAUCCAAAAAAUCUCUCUAAGCUCGCCGAUCCUAGGCUCCAAGGCCGGUAUCCAAUGCGGGGGCUCUACCAAGCAGUAGCAGUAGCUUUCAUGUGCAUACAGGAAGAAGCAGCUGCUCGCCCGCUCAUUGCCGAUGUUGUAACUGCGCUAUCUUUUUUGGUAAACAAACCGUAUGAUCCCCAUACAUCAAGUCACCACUCUGAGGAGCGGCAAAGCCAAGGGCCAAGCGACGAGAAAAUGGAGCGAGAAAAUCAUGAGAAUGGGUGCAAGUGGGAUGGCUAUGUACUUGAAAAAGAUGAUUCUCCUAGCCAGAUUGCUAGCAUAUUGAAGAAGGAAUUUGACCGGGAUAGAGCCGUGUCUGAGGCCAUGAUGUGGGGAGCAAAUUGGAGGGAGAAGCAACGAGCCACCAACCAGGCAAACUUUGAUUGAUACAUUGAAUACUAAUGGAUAGAGAAAGCUAUAUUCUACUGCACCAAAAUCAGGAGGUUAGAUCAUAUGAAACUCUUCUGUCUUUUAUUUUAUGCGAAGGGGAUGGAGUGGGAAUGCAUAUUAGCAAAAAUUGGGGUAAGUGUUUGGAAGAGUGUAAUGGGAAUUUCUAUGUUGAGGAAAAAUAGAUGAUAUAUUUCCUUUUGACAAUUGAAAUUAAAAUGCAUCUUUUACUUGGUUUUUAAUAAUA